AUGUCGACAAACUCGAAGACUCAGUAUGAAGGUGUCGAAAAGUUGCAUCUCGAGAAAGAGCACAACGAAUUGUACGAAACAGCCCUUGACUUUGAGAAUAACAAGCCUGGAGAAGUCAAAAACCCGCUUGCCGGUCUUACGAAGGCUGAGAUCUUCCGCAAUGUCGAAACCUAUGCUCAGAAAUACGAGCUGAACGACAUUGUUGACCUGCUCAAGAAGGGUGCGCUUGUCGCUCAGAAUCCAGGUCAUCCAGAAGCAAUCGAGGAGCUCUCUGCACGAGAGCUGGAAUCGAUUCAAGCUGAGAAGACACACCGCUGGCGUCACCCCAAGACCCUGUAUGCUAUGGUCGCGCUCAACUCGGUCGGUGCUGCGAUCCAGGGCUGGGAUCAGACAGGCUCCAAUGGUGCUAAUCUUUCGUUCCCUCAAGAGUUUGGCAUCGCAGAUACCGGCACUGUUUGCGAAAGCAUCGGCAACUGCGAGAGAAACUCUUGGGUUGUCGGUGCAAUCAAUGCUGCCCCAUACAUGGCCCUUUGUGUUAUCGCAUGUUGGCUUCUAGAUCCCGUCAACCACUACAUUGGCCGCCGAGGUGCAAUUUUUGUUGGUGCGAUUUUCAGUCUUCUGGCCCCAAUUGGUCAAGCACUAGCACAAUCCUGGCCCCAAAUUCUAAUCUGCCGCAUCCUCUUGGGCAUCGGUAUGGGCUUAAAAGAAGUCACAGUACCCAUCUUUUCCGCCGAGAACGCCCCUGCUAGCAUUCGUGGAGCUCUUGUCAUGUCAUGGCAGAUGUGGGUCACUUUUGGAAUGAUGCUUGGAUUUUCUGCAAACUUGGCUGUCUCGGGCGCUGGCGACAUCACUUGGAGACUGCAACUGGGAUCUGCCUGUAUCCCCGCCAUUCCACUUCUUAUAGGUAUCUAUCUUGUGCCCGAAUCUGCUCGCUGGCUCAUCAAGAAGGGAAGACACCAGGCUGCAUACAAUUUUACGCAAGGAGGCAAUGAGAACGCCUAGGGUGUUCUUACCUAGUUGAUGCC